UCAGCAGAAGCCCUGGACGUACCAGAGGUGAGAUCAGGUGAACAGGUGGAUUAAACAUUCAGUGAUCCCUACAACGGAAUACUACAUGUAGUAAGGCGUAGUCAAAAUCAGUAUGUGAAGAAGGGCUGGACACGUCAUGCACAUAAAGCUUUUGAAUAACAUACAGAGUAGGUACUUGUGGACGGCGAGGUUUGCACGCGAAAGUCUGCAGAAUAAAGAACACCUGCUUAUAUUUCACGGAGAAGAAAAGCGAGUAUUUUAAGAUACACCGGCUUAUCAGUCUUUGGGGAGUGAACUUUAGUGUCAUCCCGGCAUUGAGUGACAUGACCGCCUGUUAUAUAUCAGCAAGAGAAUAUCAGAAAUAAAAGGAAUGCCAAUGUUUCAGCCAUAGACAAGAUCUCCUAUUUCGUCUUCAUCUUUACGAGAUUCAGGACUUCAAGGACUACCCCCCUUCCAGAAAAAGAAACAUUUUCAGCCGUGUGUACAAUUGGGUUAUUAAAGGCCCUAGCUAACCGACAUUUUCAAGGCUAUUCAAAGUGCCAUAAAGGAUUUAGAUUGGAGGAUGGACGACAUGUCACAACUGCGAAGGACAAGGGAACUUAAGAAGUUAACCCACUGCCACAGAUUUUGAUAUUUUUAAAGAAUGAAAUAUCAGGCCAUUGCAUUUGAACUUUUAUAUAUGGAUUUUGUGUGUGUGCAAAACUACGCAAUGAAUACAUGUGGUACAUUAUGGUCGAGUCUUGAAUAGACGAAACAACAUAUUUUGAACGAUUGGUGACAACAUUGAUUCCUGAUCGAAAUUCCAACGAAUUAGGGUUCGUUUGGCUGGGCUCUGUAUGAUUGGGGUCGGUGAGCUAAUACGGACGCAGACAUGAGUUACCCGGACUUGAGUGAUUUCUACAAUGAUCUCAAUAUCACUGACAUAUCCCAACUGUAUGACCAUUACAAUUUAUCUGAUAUAUUCUACAUGUACAAUGAAUCCUAUUAUCCGAUUUACGACAACACAGGUCUUGGCUGUGACAUGGAACAUCCUCAUACUCUGUUUACGAUGGACUUACCGGAUUAUAAGCGAUUUUUCAACGUGUUCCUACCAACUGCCUGUGCAAUUGGCAUCAUCGGUAUAAUUCUGACUGUUGUUGUUCUAGGCAGAAAGAACAUGACUACGUCAACUAAUUCCUAUCUAACAGCGCUGGCUAUUGCAGACUUAGGCUUUCUACUUAGUUUGGUGUCCAAGUUUUUAGGUUCCGAGAGAAUGGAUGUGGAAUUUUACUAUAGAUACUACGUGUACUCUGCCACAAUAGCCCCGGUAUUCAUCGAAACCUUCCUAAUGGCUUCUGUGUGGCUUACCGUUGUCCUUGCAGUAGAAAGAUACAUUGCCAUUUGCCACCCUCUUAAGGCAAUAGCCAUUUGCACGGUAAAUAGAGCCAGACUAAUAAUUGCUGGUAUUUUCGUAUUUUCAUUCAUUCUUAGAAUUCCACGCUUCUUGGAGUUCACAACCAAGACUACAGUGUAUUGUAAUAUAACUAUUGUUCAUCCAGUUGCGACUGAAAUGGCAUUAAGUCAGUACAGAGUCGUGUAUCCUAUCAUUGUUGACUGUAUAGUUGGUUGUCUGCUGCCGCUGAUUGCGCUUUUGCUUUUCAACAUCAAACUGAUAUUGGAAAUAGCAAAAUCGACAAAUUAUCCACGAUUCCAUGACAUCAACAUGCAAAACAUGAUUUCAAGGGAACAACUGAAAAUAACAAUGAUGUUAAUCGGGAUCAUCAUGGUGUUCUUCGUAUGUCAAGCCCCAAUUCUUGUAUGUUAUGCCGUGAGACAUAUACUGACAUACACCGUUAAGAACGCAGAACAACUUAAUGUAUUUAACUGGGUGACGCUCGUUGCUUUAAGCUUACUGACAUUCAAAUCAUCCGUCAACUUCAUCGUUUACUGCUGGUUCAGUGAAAAAUUCUGGAACACCUUUAAACGAGUAUUCUGCGGAAAAGUGUGUGUCGCCCGAAAACAAUGUCCAAGGAAACAACAUACCCAUACUGUCCACUCUGCCGAUCAGAACGGAAGUACGAGCGUCCGCAAGGCUUCGUACAUGACCAAAGACACGAUUUGUUAAUUUACCUUUCUUCAGAGAAUAGGAAAAUAUCUGUUUCCAAGAGCCCCCCGUGCAGUAAAUUUAUUUACCAAACGCACGAUAUGCAGAGGUGGGAAAAUAUCCCAGAUAUUUGCGUAGUGCAAAUAAAUCGAAGUUGCUUUAUGCCACCGCAAAUGAAUUAUUAUGGUGCAAAGGGACUUGUAUGCGAUUAAGGAGAGCGUAUCAUUCUGUCUGCAGCUUGUGUCGAUCUAAGAAUAUUUCGAGAUUCGGACCAGAGAUUGGUGGAUUUUCUAAAUUUAGACUAAAGCUUAUUGCACAAAAGAUUAUUACAAUAUCUGUAUGUCAUAUAGGGUGUUGCUUCUAAUUGAUGUUUUAAUGUCCUGUAAAUAUAUUUACCUCAUUAUACAUGACAGGUUUAUCUUGGUUGUACUGAGAGUUAUUCAUGUCCAUCAAUGUUUCUCCUGCUUCACAGACUCGUUUUUUGACUUUUCAAAAAUGUCGGAUACAUUUACUGUAAUUUUUAUUACAAACAUGGUGAAGAGGAAUGUACUUGAAUUCUUAAGAAAUGGAUUUGUUCCUCAUGAAUUUACAUUCUUGACGAUUUGUUAACAAUAAUAUGGAUACUAUGUUGUUAAAAUAUCCCAAAACAUUGGAUCAUCGUUAAGAGGGUACACUGUAUAGUAACAAAAAUCUACAAAUACAGGUAGUACAAGUCACGACUUUACAUAUGUGUCUAACAACUCGUAAAUCACGUGAUAGUUUAUAUAUGAGCAAGGUAUAAUAUCGUGAAUUUUUAUCAUAUUCAUAAAUGAUUUAUUCAACAAUAUGAAAUACUAUAACUCAUGCUUUUAGAAUGUAUUAUACACGCCUAAAAGUUUUGCUAAAGCAUUGCUUAUUGCUUGAUCCACUGUAGCCGCCCACUCGGACACGUGGGUUGCCUCCGGAUAUUCUGGUUUCCUCCCACAUCAAUCACACAUUCGCGCAAAUAUCCAAAAAGACGACAAGAUAUUGUAUACAUGUAAUUUGUAUUUUGAUAAUCGUAAAAUUAAUGAAGCUUAAGCUUAUAUAAAAUUAUUUAAGAGAACCUCACUUUCAUCUCAAAGUAAUAACGCCUAUGUACCUGAAAAUAAAGUUUUCAUGAAUAAGAUUUAUUAUUUUUUAGUAUUUUCAAUAUUCUAUUCUUCUCGUUGUCUAAAAUAUCGACGUUAAAUAGUGAAAUAUUCUAAAAACAGUUGAGGGAUUUCAAAGCAGUCGUAAGUAAACAGAAAAUAAACUGAAUCUAAGUAUUUUAAAUAAUUGCGGGUAAUAUAUUGAAAGUGGAAACUUGUUAAAGUAACGACGAUCAUCGAUCACGGUGAGAAAUAUUAUUCAUAAAUGUAGAAGUAUUACUUGUCUGAUUAUUUCACGAAACACCAACAGUAAACAGUAUUUGAAGACAAUUGUAGAUAUUUGAACUUGUCAUCAAGAUAUCCCAUGCCAUUUCUACAUGUCCGACUUGUCGUGCGGCUGCACGAUAUCUCCCUCGUUUUUAGCUUCUAGAGAUGAGCGUCAUGAACAUUAUAACAACACGAAAUGGUUCGGGGCUUUUAUGACAUCAUAUCUGAGAUACUUUACAUUUUGUACAGGUGUACUGGGUUAUCCUAUCAGUACCUGUAAUUGUUUUACUCCGUUAUAUUUAUGAAUAAAGCUGUUCUUUUUAUUAAUAAAGAUAUGGUUAGAAAUAA